AUGCGUGCACUUCCACCCUCCAUAACGGAUACGGUCUAUGAGCAGCUAUUCACAGCCGUGCAAAAUGUUGGUCUAGAACUACAGCCACAGAUUGAACGGCUCAUAGAAGAACUGGGGGAACCGGUCACGAGUGCCGCACCGGAAGAUGUUCCCACCACCAGUAAAGCUCCUUCGACAACAACUGAAACAGAUUCUGGAGCAGCGGGCUCAGGAAACGAACGUGACAGACGGCUGGCACGUACAAGAAUAGGACGUUUAGUGCUCGAUGCUGAAAACGGUGGUCGAUUUACACUUAGCGCGAGCUCCUGUCCGGAGCUUCAGCUCCCAGCGGUGACUAUGCUAACAGACAAAUCUGGUGCUCAGUACAAGCUGUUGAGUGCCUUGCAAACAUUGUCGAAAAUACGUGACACCAUGCGUCAGAUGAAGGAAGAACGGCGUAAAAAGGAAGAAGUCGAAAAGAAAAAGAAAGAGGAUGAGGCCAAAGCGGCGGAAGCCAAGCAGGCUGGAGAGAACAAAACGAUUGAUCCUGUUGCGGUUGAUGAUUCGGCUGCAGCAACACCGGAAACAUCGGAAGCAUCUGCCGCUCAAGGACCAUCAACUCCAAUGGCCGCCUCCUCAAGUGCUAACGAUGGGGACCAAUCUAAGCAAGCAACUGAGGAAACCAACGAGGAUGUGGUGCUGAGUCACCGCUUGACAGGCCUUGAAGAGCUCUGGGAGGUUGUAUCUACGUGCCUACUCCGUCUUGGAAAAGCGUCGGAUCAUCAUGCAGUGCUCGCACUUCAACCUGCUGCAGAGGCUUUCUUCCUUGUUCAUGCCGUACCACGUCCCGCCAGUGCUACUGGUGACCAUCACCAUGACGAUCCCGAUACUCUGAAAAUGAUCGCAUUUGCAGAAAAGCACCGAGAAGUUUUGAACCAAGUACUUCGGCAAAACAAUACCGCAUUGUCACCAGGCGGUCCAUUCGCUGCUCUUAUCCAGUUCCCGAAGCUCUUGGACUUUGACGUCAAACGGAAGUACUUUAGAAAAGAACUUGGAAAAAUGGAUGGAGAUAGAGGCUUCCGUCGAGCUGACGUUCAAGUCCAAGUCCGGCGAUCACAGAUAUUCUCGGACUCCUUCCGAGAAUUGUACAGGCUGCGACCAAAUGAGUGGAAACAUCGUUUUUACAUAAUCUUCCAAGGAGAAGAAGGCCAAGAUGCUGGUGGUCUGCUUCGUGAAUGGUUCUCGGUGAUUACGAGGGAGAUAUUCAACCCGAACUAUGCGCUAUUCAUCACGGCACCGGGCGACAUGGUUACAUAUAUGAUCAACAAGGCGUCCUACAUCAACCCCGAACACCUUGACUACUUCAAGUUUGUGGGACGAUUGAUAGCCAAAGCUAUCUAUGACAACAAACUGCUGGACUGCUAUUUCACUCGUGCCUUCUACAAACACAUCCUCAAUCUGCCGGUGCGAUACCAAGACAUUGAAAGCGAGGAUCCUGCUUUCUACAAAUCACUCGAGUUCUUGCUCAACAACCCCAUUGACGACCUAGGAUUGGACUUGAGCUUCAGUCUCGAGGUGGAAGAGUUUGGUGUCCGUUCAAUCCGUGAUCUCAAACCGGAUGGAAGAAAAAUCGAUGUGACUGAUGCGAACAAGGAAGAAUAUGUAAAGCUUGUCUGCCAAAUGAAAAUGACUGGUUCUAUUCGUAAACAACUUGAUGCAUUCCUUACCGGCUUCUAUGAAGUUAUUCCUAAACAGCUGAUCAGCAUGUUUAAUGAACAAGAGUUGGAGUUGCUCAUUAGUGGCCUUCCUGAUGUGGAUAUUGAUGACUUGGCUAAUAAUACGGAGUACAAAAUGUAUACAAAAACCAGUGCUCAGAUUCAAUGGUUCUGGCGUGCGCUUAGGUCAUUCGAACCAGAAGAUCGUGCAAAGUUCUUGCAGUUUGUCACAGGUACCAGUAAGGUUCCCUUGCAAGGGUUCGCGAGUCUGGAGGGAAUGAAUGGUAUCCAGAAGUUCAGUAUUCACAUGGAUUGCCGUGGUGGUGAUCGGUUGCCUGCUGCUCAUACAUGCUUCAAUCAACUCGAUCUUCCUCAAUACGAGUCUUACGAGAAACUGCGUGACUCCUUACUGAUAGCAAUUCGCGAAUGUACUGAAGGCUUUGGAUUCGCCUAA